GGAGCAGACAUCACAAAGACACCUACAGUCAUUGAUAUUAAGACUCUUUCGUUUCACAUCAACAUGAUUAGCAGGGGUUGUUUUAUUUGAAAAAGGAGAGUGGAAAACCUCUGGACUAUUUUGGUUUUUGCCAAAGGAAGGGGAGUCCAGGGCUUGACCAGGGCUGGUGUUUACAAAGACAGGAGAAGAAGAGGUUAUGUGCAGUGGUUUGAUUAAGACUCUGUUAUCUCUGCUUCUGUACUUUACCAUUAACUAUUCAAGUUCACUAUCCACAACUCUGAAUGUCUCAAUGCAUUCUGUAAACAUGAUGCACAUCCUGAAAUGGAGCCUCUUGCAAGCACCCUGUUCCAAUGUCAACUAUUCUGUACAAUUUCAAGGGGAGUAUGAGUUAUACAAUCUUAAUGGAACAUGGGUAGAUGCUUUUGACUGCCAAGAGAUCAGUGAAAACAGGUGUGACCUCACCCAUGACUUGGCCUCCAACUCUGACUACAGUAUUCGCAUAAAAACGAACUGUGAUGGCCAGAAAUCAUGGACACAACUACCAGCGACCUUCAACAGAAGAGAGACAGUGUUACUGGUUCCAAAAAUGAUGAUGAAUGUGGAUGGGGAUCCUAUCCAGGUGGAUUUCAACACAACUCUUCAUGAUCUGAAUGUAAUGCUUAAAGUCUGGAAGGAGGGGGCAGAACUGAAUGCCUCCAUUCAUGUGAUCAGAGCUUAUCCAUACCAUUUUUCCAUUGCUGCCCAUCGAGGGAAAGAGAAGAUGUGCUUCAAGGCAGAAGCACUAUUAGAAGCCAUUAACAAGAGCUGCAGCAUUGACACACAAUGUGUCAUCAUACCUAAGCAGACAUCUGACUAUAUGAAGCUGGUGAUGGUGAGCAUCGCUGUAGCUAUAGCAGUUACCGUGGCUUUUAUUCUGGGAUGGCUGUCUACACAUCUUGGUCCACAGAUCAAACAAAUCAUUUGCCACCAGGAGAACAUUCCCAAUGUGCUGCUUGAUGACUGGACCACCAGAACACCCAUCCUUUGUACUGAUGUUUCACUGGAGCCCAUAGAUCCACUUUUGCUACUCCUCUCAGCAGAGCAUCAGUGCACAACGGUGCAGUUUGGAGGGAACAAGUUAGACCAAUGAGUUGGACUGCAGGACAUAAGCUAACCAAAACAAAACAAAAAAAUGAC